AUCAAACAAGUUGGUGGCUGAUCGUGUGGAACUCAAUAAAAAUAAUAAAAAGUUUUCGAGAAAAAUCAAUAAUAGCUUGGGCUUACUUCGAGGCAAUAAUUUUGAAAAGCUUGCCUAUAAUACAGGUCUAACAAAAGUUGCCGCAUUAACGUUUAUCAUACAUUUAGGGCUAAAGUAAUCGGCAAAAGUUUGUCUUGAUAAUUUCUUAGGAAUUAGCUUCAAUAAUGAGUGUCUGUGAUAGUGGUGAUGCGAAGUUGGACGCAGCAGUCAACACUUGGUUGAAGCAUGAUAAGAACCCUGAAACGCGUAAGGAGGUUCUAGACGACAUAUCCGCUGCAAGAUGGGACAAGCUGAAGAAGACGAUGCUGCGUCGCCAGAAGUUCGGGACCGCCGGGCUGCGUGGCCGCAUGGGCGCUGGCUACCAGUGCAUGAACGACGUCGUCAUACUGCAGACAGCACAGGGCCUGUGUUCGUACAUCCAAAAAGUUUGUAACCAGAGCCAAUUAAAGAACGGCGUCGUCGUUGGAUACGAUGGCAGAUACAAUAGCAAAAGAUUCGCCGACCUCACAACGAAAGUCUUCGUCUCCGCUUCCAUCCCUGUCCACUUAUUCACUGACGUAUGCCCGACGCCUCUUGUAUCGUUCGCUACGAUCCUGUACGGAGCAGCAGCAGGCGUGAUGGUGACCGCCUCCCAUAACCCGAAGGAAGACAACGGCUACAAGGUGUACUGGGGCAACGGCUGUCAGAUCAUAGCGCCGCACGAUCAACUCGUGCUGGAGGAAAUCGAGCAGUGCUUGGACAUACCAGAAGAACACUGGAACAUCGAUGAGAUCCGAUCCCAUCCCCUAGUCACCGACUGCUUAGAAGAGGCCACAACGAAGUACAUGGAAUACAUCCGCAGCUCGCUACACCCAGACAUUUUGGAGACGAAUAAAAAAGCGGCAAUAGAUACUGUGUACAGCGCUAUGCACGGCGUCGGUUAUAAAUACAUCGUUAAAGCGUUCGAGGCCGCUAACUUGAAGCUGCCAAUAAGCGUGCCCGAGCAGCAAGAGCCGGACCCGUCGUUCCCGGUAUCCCACAGAUUCGCCGACCUCACAACGAAAGUCUUCGUCUCCGCUUCCAUCCCUGUCCACUUAUUCACUGACGUAUGCCCGACGCCUCUUGUAUCGUUCGCUACGAUCCUGUACGGAGCAGCAGCAGGCGUCAUGGUGACCGCCUCCCAUAACCCGAAGGAAGACAACGGCUACAAGGUAUACUGGGGCAACGGCUGUCAGAUCAUAGCGCCGCACGACCAACUCGUGCUGGAGGAAAUCGAGCAGUGCUUGGAUAUACCAGAAGAACACUGGAACAUCGAUGAGAUCCGAUCCCAUCCCCUAGUCACCGACUGCUUAGAAGAAGCCACGACGAAGUACAUGGAAUACAUCCGCAGCUCGCUACACCCAGACAUUCUAGAGACGAACAAGAAAGCAGCAAUAGAUACUGUGUACAGCGCUAUGCACGGCGUCGGUUAUAAAUACAUCGUUAAAGCAUUCGAAGCCGCCAAUUUAAAGCUGCCAAUAAGCGUGCCCGAACAGCAAGAGCCAGAGCCGUCGUUCCCGACAGUAGUGUUCCCCAACCCCGAGGAGCCUGCGUGCUUGGAGCUCAGCACUGGCCUGGCCGAGCGGAGCGCCGCGCGCCUGCUGCUGGUCAACGACCCCGACGCCGACCGCCUGGCCGUCGCCGAGCGGGACCACAGGUCUAGGGAGCUGCUCUCUUACGUGCCCCAGCAAGAGCCAGAGCCGUCGUUCCCGACAGUAGUGUUCCCCAACCCCGAGGAGCCUGCGUGCUUGGAGCUCAGCACUGGCCUGGCCGAGCGGAGCGCCGCGCGCCUGCUGCUGGUCAACGACCCCGACGCCGACCGCCUGGCCGUCGCCGAGCGGGACCACAGCGUGCCCCAGCAAGAGCCAGAGCCGUCGUUCCCGACAGUAGUGUUCCCCAACCCCGAGGAGCCUGCGUGCUUGGAGCUCAGCACUGGCCUGGCCGAGCGGAGCGCCGCGCGCCUGCUGCUGGUCAACGACCCCGACGCCGACCGCCUGGCCGUCGCCGAGCGGGACCACAGCGUGCCCCAGCAAGAGCCAGAGCCGUCGUUCCCGACAGUAGUGUUCCCCAACCCCGAGGAGCCUGCGUGCUUGGAGCUCAGCACUGGCCUGGCCGAGCGGAGCGCCGCGCGCCUGCUGCUGGUCAACGACCCCGACGCCGACCGCCUGGCCGUCGCCGAGCGGGACCACAGCGUGCCCCAGCAAGAGCCAGAGCCGUCGUUCCCGACAGUAGUGUUCCCCAACCCCGAGGAGCCUGCGUGCUUGGAGCUCAGCACUGGCCUGGCCGAGCGGAGCGCCGCGCGCCUGCUGCUGGUCAACGACCCCGACGCCGACCGCCUGGCCCCCCCAAUAGGCAUCUUCCACAUUGCUUUCUGGCUCCCAAUAAGCGUGCCCCAGCAAGAGCCAGAGCCGUCGUUCCCGACAGUAGUGUUCCCCAACCCCGAGGAGCCUGCGUGCUUGGAGCUCAGCACUGGCCUGGCCGAGCGGAGCGCCGCGCGCCUGCUGCUGGUCAACGACCCCGACGCCGACCGCCUGGCCGUCGCCGAGCGGGACCACAGUACCAAAUCGUGGAAGGUAUUCACGGGCAACGAAAUGGGUGCUCUGCUGGGCUGGUGGCUGCUCGAACAGAACUCUAAACGGAACGAUGCGAGCGAGGUGUACGUGAUCGCAAGCGUGGUUAGUUCCAAGAUGUUGCGAGCACUCGUCCAAGGCAAAGGCGAGUUCGUGGAGACGCUCACUGGCUUCAAGUGGAUGGGCAACACCACACUCCUCCUUGCGCAGCAGGGUAAGCUACCGUUGUUCGCGUUUGAGGAGGCCAUUGGCUACAUGUGCAACCAUCGCGUGCCCGACAAGGACGGAGUAUCGGCCGCUGUACAGUGCCAGGGNCCGUCGUUCCCGACAGUAGUGUUCCCCAACCCCGAGGAGCCUGCGUGCUUGGAGCUCAGCACUGGCCUGGCCGAGCGGAGCGCCGCGCGCCUGCUGCUGGUCAACGACCCCGACGCCGACCGCCUGGCCGUCGCCGAGCGGGACCACAGGUCUAGGGAGCUGCUCUCUUAG